AAUUUGUAACGUUUAUCUGAUGUAACUGCGUUGGAUUGGAGAAUGUACUAUUCAAGAUUCAAAUUUAGAUACGAUAUUCAAAUCUUUUGUCUGGAGUCUGUGCAAGUGUGACUCUGAGGGUCGCGUCGGUGUCGAUUCGUGGGGACGCUGCGAUGUGACGUGUCGUAUGACUAGGUGCUAAUAUAACCUGCUUGAACGUGUACGCGUAUAUAAAGUGAUAUGCCGGACGCGAACUCGCCAUUUUAACUCCAGAUAUGCCGAAGUGAUUCUGUAGUCAGCCGACAUCCCAUUUUCUAUUAAAGAAAAUGGCUCGAGUUUAUGUAUACGAACGCCCAGUCGAAUCUAUCCUGACGAAUGUGUCCUUCUAUGAGAAGCUGAAUCAUGUUACAGCUGAGCUGCAGAUUAAACAAGAGCCACGUGACACGGAUGACAAUUGUCAGGACGGUACUUUUCCACUGGCAAAUACCAAUGCAAAAACUGCCAUAACAGGUGAAACAAUUGUUCAGAGGACGCAACUACUGGGCAAUGUAAAUAACAAAGAGAAUAAGCUUGUAUUAUCUAAAGACCGUGCUGAUACAAAUAUAUCAGACGCGGACGUUAUGAAUACGCUAAAGCGUAAAGGUUCUCCGUUCGAGGAUUUGGAAGUGCCGAAGAAGAAGUGCGUUAGAUUUAAGUCUCCGGAACCGAUCAAAGGACGAUUGGAAUGUGCCGUGUGUUUUUUAAACUUUAAGUCGCUCAGAACAUUAAAGAAUCAUUCGGACUAUCACACCGAGGCGGUCGAGCCUACUUGUAAUAAAUGUCUUUCGCAAUGUAAAUCACCUCGUUUCUUGAAGGAUCGCAUUUGGAUGAGUAGAUGCAAAAGGUAUUGUCGCUCCGGAAACGUGGCAUUUUGCUGCCGUUUCUGUAAUGUGAGAUACUCGAAGAAAUCGUAUUUACAGUGUCACGUGUUCCAUAAACACAAUGAAUUAUUACCUUGUUCCGCAAAGGAAUCUAAUGAUCGUAGUAAAACUGGUGAACGUAGCAAAAUUAAAGAAAUUAAAAGGGCUGAUAAAAUGAGGGAAAAUGGUGAAAUUAGUGAAAAUGCGAGAAGCAGAGAAACCAGCAAAACCAGUGGAACUAGUAAAACCAGAGAAACUAGUAAAGCAAGAGAAACUAGUAAAAUCGGAGAAACCAGUAAAACCGGAGAAACCAGUAAAACCAGUGAAACUGAUAAAGCCAGUGAAUUCCCAUUCACAGAGGGCACUGAUAGUCACGCAAGAAGUCCUGUACAACAGAAAGAAAAUAAUGAAGCCUGUCCUCCCACCAAAAGAAUGAGACAAACGACUAUGACCGAGUUUCUUAUAGGGAUCACUAAGAUAACAGAAGAUAUUUUUCCGCAGAAAGUUGAUGCUGCGAAAGAAACUCCGCAAAAGGCGAUACCUAAACAAAAUGGAUCCCUGACACAGAAUAUUGAUUUUCAUGUGGAAACACCGAAAAGUAGCGUACCUAGACAAUUGAAAAGCAUACCUAAGUCACCUGAUCUUCAAGAGUACGCCCGAAAGAAAAUGGCAAUUAGUCGAAGUGGGACGUCGAUUAACGACGAAAGAUCUACGCCAAAUGGCAACACUGCAGGGAAAAGCAAACCAUUUGUGAAAAUACACAUAGAUUCCGACAUGAUGCAGCACAUUUUCAAUACGAAAGUAAAGGUCGAAGUAGAAGAUGAAUUCAGCGAUUUCGCGUUACAAAAUUACAAUCUGCGACGCGCGACAAGAAGCAACAUCGAGCAACCGUCGAAUAAUUUAAAUACGACGUCCGCGAGAAGACCUCGUAACAGAAUUAGAUUUAAAAGACGGCCGGCUAGGAAGAUUAGAAAAAAGCCUCAGCAUAAAUUGACGGACGAGGAACUGAGGGCCAAAUUCAAAUGCAAAGACUGCAAACUUAACUUAGUUAGAUGCGACAUGGCCGCUAAGGCAGGAACUGCUGACGUCACUCGGUUCUCGGUGGGAGAGGACGAAGAUAUCGCAGAAAUGUGGAGAAAGAAUAUGAUGUUAAAGAGAUUAAACAUUCCGCUAGCCAAACCGAACGAGCCCAUAACAGUGGAAGUUAACGAAUCGGUCCAGACAUCAGAAAUGUCCAAUGCACCCUGCGAUGAGACAGCGAAAGCCAACUCGCGUACGCUGUUUCGGUGUAAAGUUUGCAAGAAAUGUUUCUCCUCGAAGAAAUAUUUACGCGAACAUUUGGAGCUACAACACGUGUUCUACAUAUCGAGCAUAUGCGGCGUUAUGUACAAAACGAAAAUUGAAUUGCAGAAACACUACAUGAAGAGGCACGCCGGUUUCAAGCGCGCCCAGUGCUGCGUGUGUUUCGAGAAGUUCUCAUCACCGACGAUAUUGAAGCAGCACCUCUUGCUGCACUGCAUCCAAGUAUUCCUACCGAAGCGCGACGGGCAACGCAACAAGAAAUUGGCCAAGUGUAGGACCUCCGAUAAGGAGUACUCGUGCAAGGCUUGCGGCAAGCGAUUUUGGUUGAAGUCCCGUUUGCGGGAGCACCGAACACAGUGUAAUAAAAUGAGGACGAGAAACAAGCAGUCGCAAAAAGUGCGUAAUCCCGAGAGAACUCCGACAGCGGAACGAGCAUUGGACAACGCUCCACGGCCUAAGUUAGCCGCGAUCAACGAUCGUCCUUAUAAGACAAAAUCGGCGACAGUGAUGCGACCGAUGAGGUUGCUGAGGGGCGUCGCUUUAGCGAGGGGAUACAACACAAACCAUUCCGACGCGGACGAGAAGAAAUUCUCCUGCACCAUUUGCAACACGCACUUCAAAACGUUUCAAAAAUUAUGCAUGCACGAACGGACCUACUCCAAAGUCGCCACGUACGUCUGCAAGAACUGCAACACCGCGUUCACCAGCGAGAGAUUACUCCGGAAUCACCGUCGAGACACUCACGCGGUCGACAUUCUUCGAGAGUUCAAGUACUUCUGCACGUUCUGCACCCAGGGCUUCUCGAAGAAGAUCAGCGUUCUUAUUCACACGGGACACUUCCAUGCUGGUCAGACAUCCAUCAUUCCCAGCUCGUAUUUGGACACCAACCAAGACUGGGAGGUGAGCAAAGUGUGCAGCGUGUGCAAUCUGGUGUUCGAGUCCAGCGAACGGUUCACCCAGCACAAUAUGUUCUACUACAAGGGUCAAAUAUUCACCUGCACGUUCUGCGGCAGUAUCUUCCACGGGAUGUACACGCUGCACAAUCACAUUAAAUUCGAGCACAACACGGAAGAUAUGAAGAGACAGUACAAGUUCACGUGCGACGUCUGCGACGAGGGCUUCACCCUGGAGUCACAGUACCAUGCUCAUAAAUCCCACGUGCAUUCGGUGUCGCGUGUUGGAUCUCCGCAGGAGCUGCGGGAUCAUACCUACGUGAUAGCGGCCGUGAACGCGGUAUCGACGAACGGACCGAUUCCGAAAUACAACUGCGACAUUUGCCACGCGAGUUUCGCGGUCGAAGAAGAGCUGCGUCGACACAAGCUGGAGUACACCAAUGACGGCGAUUACCUAUGCAGUUACUGUGCCAGAAGAUGCCUUACAAACGACAUUCUCAGCAAGCACGAGAGCUCGUCCCACGCCCGCUCCAACUUCGCCAAUUGUUACAACUGUCGCUACUGCGAGGAAGCGUUCCGCGACAGUACAGAACUGAAGUCUCACGAAGCACACUUUCACCCGAGGAUCAGCGAUCCUCAUCGUGACAGCACGAACCAAACGAUCGCGAACGAAACUGCUGAAGCAGCCGAAGGCGCCACAGACGCUUUCUCCUGCACCAUUUGUGGCGCAAAGUUCGAGAGCUAUGAAAAAUUGAAUUAUCAUUCCCUGGAAUACUCGAGCGAACCUAAAUUCUUGUACAAUUGCCUAAUUUGCAAACGUCGUUUCCCGGAGCUGUAUCGCCUGGAGGUCCACAAAUUAAAACACUCGAAUUUGAACUUCAUUCUGUCCGAAUAUCACUGCCCCGUAUGUCGUGAAGGAUUCGAAAAUGAGACGAAUGUCUGGAUGCAUGUGAUGCACUUCCACUCGAACACGGAGAUCGAGAAACCGGUGAACAAUGAUGUUCAGAACGCGCAACACGUCGAACAAAAUGCCGUCGAGUCUAAGUCGGUUUCGAACGCUCGAUCAAGGAAGAAGUUCACGAUGUGUGUCGACUGUAUGGUGACGUUUAAUUCCGAGAGGGCGCUGUUCUAUCACAAAGCGCACUACACGGACGCGGGGGACCAUGUCUGCGAGCAGUGCGGUAGGAAAUUCCUGUUCCUGAAGCUGCUGAAGCAACACUUGAAGAGACAUGCUGCUGGCAUCGGGCGUCUGAAGUACACGUGUCCCGGGUGCGACGACAGAUUCGGCAACGCGGUGGCCAGAUACCAGCAUAUCAUUCAUUUGCACGGAAGAAACAUGUGGAAGAACGAGGUUCUUCAUCCUAUGCUGGUUCAGAACGAUCCCGAAGGCGCUGUCGAGAUACUAUGCGACGAGAAACGCGACACACCGUCGCCUGGAGCACGCACUCCAGCAGACAAGUCGAUUCCCCCUGCGAAUAGCGAGCCUGUCGAUGCAACCAGUUCCCUGAACGAAUGUAGCGACAGUCAGGAAAAGUCCUCGUCAACAAGCAAUUGGCUGGCGGAUGCGAGCGAGCAGGAGGUACAGAUCGAAGAUGCGAGCGUGCAGGAGGUACAGAUCGAAGAUGCAAGCGUGCAGGCUUUGUAUGAGACCUGUCCGGUCUGUAACCUGAGGUGUUCGUCGUUGGAGAUGUUCGUGACGCAUUUGAAAUAUAAGCACGGUCAGGGAAUUAAGAAGCCGGUCGCCAACUCGCCCCUGCCUUCACCAGAGCACGUCGGCUGUUCGACCGAUAGCAUCACCUCCGCCAAGGAAGAUGACACACAUCUGAACGAAUCGCGUACAUGCAACGAGGAAGCUGCUGCUCAACCCUCGGAGGAAGAUGCCGAUGUGGUGGAAGUCAUUUGGGAAAAAAAGGCGAAUGCUGUUAAACAGAUCGAAGAACCAGACGACGAUGAGGUUCAUAUUUUGUGCUGUAGCGAGCGCGCAUCGAUCGUUAACUAUGACAAAACGGUAUCGAUGCCUGAACAAAAUCGGGCUAAUUGUGAUAACAAGCUGAGGAUCUCGCCAGCUGAAGAUUUCACCAAGAUAAUGUAGACCUGGCUGUUCGAAGUGAAAAGUUUUACUUUAAAAAAAAAUUGAAAAUAAAAGAAUUAACUUGCGUUAACUCGAUUAGUUCAUUAUCGAGCGUUCACGCUUCUUUACUGCGUGUUUUGGCAAGUGUGGUUUAGAUGAUACCCCAAGCAUUGUAUGGCUGUAUCAAGUCUAAAAUCAUCUUUCUACACAAGCGAAUCUAAUUUAUACAUAAAUGUAUAUGGCAUUGUUAGGUCGAACAUAAUAUUUGGGCAAUUAUGAUAUUUGCACAUUUCGGAAAUUCUUCAUUGCUGUUUAUAGUUUGUAAUCUAGGGUCACGUUUUAGACAGAACAGUGUGAAUGUGUCUUUCCUCUCUUCUUUCAUUUCUAUCUGGUUGCAUGCAUGUAUUAUAUCUUGUGCAAUGUGUUAUCGAAUCAGUGUAAGCAACUUGUUUGUCAAGUUGUACCUUCGUCCCAUCGAUUUACUAUUUAAGGUGUGUGUAAAUUUGAUGCAUCAAAGUCUAGAUCAUGGUGUGUUAACCCGAAUUCGAAUUGUAAGUAAACUAUCUCCAUUAUAAAAUUUCUUCGAUAUGAUUCAAUUAAUCACAAUUUUAUGACAUGUAUUAUGCGAUCGAAACUAAUUAUAAUAUUGUAAAGAGUGCUGAAGAAUCUUCGAUGAAUGCUCUUCCUCCUGGUAUAACGGAGAUAUAACCAUUGUCAUUAUAAAUAAAUUAUCACUUAUUUUUUAUCAAA